UAAUUGUUGGGGAGCUUGUAAGCCGAAAGUUGGACUCUAAUUCCCCAAAACACCAAAGCCAAUCAUCGAACCCAAAGAGGAUCACAUCAUCGUCCCUUGAUAUUUUUUUUAAGGAUAAUGAGAAAAAUGUUGAGUUACAAGCUAAAGGGAUCAUUUUAAUGUACAAAAAUCAAUCAACAAAUCAAAGAUGA